GUUCUCGAGAGAUGAGCUGACGCAGGACAUCUUCCUUUCUGGUGACGCUGAUGAACAGUAGUGGCAGCUCAAAUCCAACGAAAAGCAGCUUCCGUUGACCGGUCGAGCAACCACUAGUAUGGAGAGAGAUUCUAGUCGCAGCUAGCGGUUUAUUUGAACUUGUUGCGUGAGGCUUCCGCCUCGCGUAGAGUAUCCAACGAGACGAGCAGCAGACUAACUGUAACGGAGCAUGAAUCGAUGAGUUGAUUGCUGGGCAGGAGAGUUUUUUGUUGAUAUGGCUGUGGCUUCUGUAAAAAUCGGAGAGAGUCAUGAGAGUGUCGUUUCGAGAGGUCGCGAUAUUGCUGAGAGAAUCAUUUUUGGCCCAUCAACAACAGCAAGCCCGUACCUCCCGAGCGGCAGAACAAUAGGCGUGCUUUGGACUUGCUCAGAGGGAAAAGGCUUCGAAUAAGUAUUUGGAUCAUUUACAAUUUGGUUUACCUAGCCGCAAGUACUCGUAGUACUUCGUCGUGACAAGAAGGUGGAAGUAUAAAAUCACCAGCAUUUUCAAGAUGGCCGCCACUUCCUCCAGUAGCAACCCCACGGUCAUCCCGGCAGCCCUCGCCCCGGGCAUGACCCUGAAUCCCGGCGCCACGACCGGGCCCCAGCAGACACUCCCCGCGAACGCGACACUGGAACAAGCAACCGCUCUGAUCCCAGCAGCCGGCGCCACAACCGACCAGCAGCUUCAGACCUACAAAAUCCAGCCCGACGGACGGAACCCACUGAUAUCCUGUGCAACUAGAGUAUAUUAUCGUGCGCAUUUGCUACUGCAAGAACACGGCAACACAAAUUCAAAUCUUUAUUCCGGGUUGUAGUACCUCUACCUCUUCCACCAUUUGCAACUGCAUCACAUUUACGACCUUCUGUUUUCUUCUCAGUGAAAGUUGUGACUCAAUUCUUACUUCUACGCCCGAUGCUAGUACUCUUUAGCAAUGCAUACUUGGAGUGUUUCGCGCAUUUCCAGAAACACGGGAAGUUCGGGAUUUUGGAACCAAUAGAGAAGAACCGAACCUCGGCCUGGGAACCGUUUGUCGACGCGAUUCUGCAGCUAUCGAGGGAAAGAAAUAGAGUUAUCGUACUUGUAGUACUGGUGGCUGUCAUGCAUGACAAAAAAUCUUAUGCGUGUGCUCGUGCUGUCAUAUUUUGCAUGGAGUCUUUCAACAUUACUUGUUGAGAAGGCUCAGAAGAUCACUGCGAAGAUGAGCCUUUACGUACGUACGAUGCCAGUUUUCCGAUGCAUAUGAGCAGGGCGAAAACGAUAUCAAAUGCAAAUAUGUCUGAGUUGUCUGGAAGGGUGCAACGUCUGUCAUGCACAUUUUACCUGACUCCUGAUGUCUGUGAUGCAUGCCCUAGCAUCACAGAUUUUAUGAGGGCUUCCUGCUGCCUAUACCGCAUGAGAAAUGCCCUCCCGCCGUGGCAAAAACUGAACCUCUUUUGCUGUUCAUGCAAUACAGAUUUUUGUAGUUUCCAGAGUCAGCAUCUUCACAAGUUCUAGACCCAGACAUAUUUGCAAUGCAUAAACGACAUGAAGCUGGUCACGUCAAAGGACAAGGACGGGGCGGCCUACGUGAGUCCGGAGGGGAAAGAAAUGACAGCAAACGAGUACUGGCGGCAGAAAAAAUACGACGAGUGCAUGUUUAAAUUUGAAGACGACGCGUAUAACUUCGCCAAACAACGCUACAAACUGGAACUUCUCCGGUUGAACCGCGGCCACGACAGCAUGGACGGUGGAGCGCUGUGGUUGGGCAGAGCAUUGAUUUGCAAGGACACGGUAUAUGCUACUGUAGUAGUUGUUUCGUGUUGAUUUCUCAGCGUAUUGUGUUUGUCGUUUGAUGUAGUAAUAGCGAAUAUAUUGAGUUUUUUCAUUCUUUGUAGCUUACACGCAUAAAGUUGUUCGUAGGCAUCACGCACAAGCGCAACUUUUGCUCUGAAAAGGAGCUGAUUUUACAUGUUUUAUGAUGCAGUUUCUUGAUACAAGUGUGAUUUCUGAAAAUUUACAUUUCUGCAAAAUGUCGUUUAUUUUCCCAUAUGCAUCAAAACGCAGGUAUGGCUCGCGUUGUGGGGCAAAUCCAUGAAUCGGUUCACCGUGGUGUUGGAUACGCUGCGACAGCGAAACGUGUUCUGUGACACGCGGAUGGAGUAUCGACCCCCGGUGGUGCUGCCGAGGCCCUUCAUGCAGCUGACGCUGAACCACACCGAGCGACCCGAGGUCUUGAAAGAAUUGGUGAAUUUUGCGCUGAACGGGUUGCCAAUACACGUCGUGGACCUGCGGGACGGUUACAACUGAAGAAAAGUUUGUUAACAUUCGCGAAUAGAGUAAGCAUUAGCCACAUGAUGCUGUUCUGUUUCGGUUUGCUUUAUGGAAGAUUGAUGUAGAACAAGCGAGCUCUACUUUGUGGUUUCUGUUACUCCACCUUGUACGAACUACCUCAUUGAACUUUCGAACUACUACUAGAGAAUACAAUAGCUGUCCUGUGACGUACACGUAUCUCUACUUUAUUUUAUCAAGCUUCGUCCGACGUAUAAUCCACCUCGUUUUUACCUUCUUCUCUCGAACUUGUGAUUUCCCCUUUUACCGCUUCGUCCUGUGAGGAAUACGUAAAUUGCUGCACUCACCACAAAGCAGACGUAUUUUAUGUGCCGGAUGUGGACGAGAGCGAGAGCCGGAGAGCUGCGACUGCGAGAAUCCUGAGUUUACCAACUUUAUUCUUCUUACUAAACUACCCAGAAAAAUUAUCGUGCCUGUCGCCCCUCGCUCUCGUGCUCUCUGUGAUACAGAACUGAUGUCAUGUAUAAGUACUACCCGAUAUUACAGUUCAACUACUCAAGGACUCUCGACGAAUAUAGAUGAAAUGGUAAUCUUCAUCUUCGACUGAUGAUGUAGAUGGCAGCCGACAGAACUAGAGGCGUAGCUCAGGCGGCCCUCCAGGAGGGUUCGCGUCGACGUGGUCCCCUCGUCGUUUGUUC